AUGAGCUCCCAGAUUUGUCAGAAUUCCACUGACGUGGAGGCAGCCGUCAGCCGCUUGGUCAAUGCGUACCUGCAGGCCUCCUACACCCACCUCUCUCUGGGCUGCUAUUUCCACCGCGAUGAUGUGGCUCUGGAAGGCGUGAGCCACUUCUUCCGCGAAUUGGCUGAAGAGAGGCACGAGGGCUACCAGCAUCUCCUGAAGAUGCAAAACCAGCGUGGUGGCCGCAUUCUCUUUCAGGACAUUAAGAAGCUGGCUCAAAAUGAGUGGGGUGAAACCCUGGACGCCAUGGCAGCAGCCAUGGCCCUGGAGAAAAAUCUGAACCAGGCCCUUUGGGAUCUUCAUGCCCUGGGUUCUGCCCGCGCAGACCCUCAUCUCUGUGACUUCCUGGAGAGUCACUUCCUAGAUGAAAAUCAUCAAGAAGAUGGGUGA